GUGAAGUCAGCGCCAGUGCACGAUGCACGUGAGUCACGAGCCUCACGAGGUCCGUGCACUGACAGCAACGCGGCAGCAAGCUCGAUCCUCUCGGUCGCCGUCAGUGCUCUCAACCUCGCCAUCAUUGGCCUCGAGAACCCACCUCUAACCUUUCCGAGAGCAAACCAGCGAUGCCACCCCCCACAAUACAGGACUAUGCUUCUCGCCAAACAGAGGCACCGCCUCCCUCCAAGGCAGACAACUUCCUCAACACGUGCGUCACCAUCGUGGCAGUGCUCAUCGUGGUCACGCUAAUCGUCAUGGGCUUCAUCCUGCUCAAGUGCUUCAGCAUCCAGGAAGUCUGUAACAGGACGAUAACCGCCUUCGGCGACAUGAACACGUCCCUGUCCUGUGAAAGCGACGAAUGCAAGGCGUACGCGUUGUCGAUGCGGGCCUCCAAGCUGGACUUCCAGGAGGCCUGCGAGGACUUCUACGAGCACGUGUGCGGCGGCUGGACGCGCACGGCCAAAGUGGCGCCGGACGAGGUCUUCAAGAGCGUCAGCAGGGACAUGCGACGAGCCGUCGAGGACCAGAUCUCCGAGAUACUGAACAACACCGUGAUAUCGUACCGGGAGCAGACGGCGGCCCAGAAGGCUGCUGCGCUUUACCAAGGCUGCAUCAACAUAGACCUGCGCAACAGCAAGGGUACCAAGCCCCUGGAGGACCUGCUGGCGCGCUACGAGCUCUCGCACUGGCCCAUUGUGAACCGGACGCAGCAGUUCCGCACCUUCUACCUGCUGGGCAACGCCAUCCGAGAGCUGCGUCUGGACGCGCUCAUCUCGGUCAGCGCACACCUCGACUACCACAACAGCGAGCGCUACAUCCUCUACAUAGGGCAGCCCUCGUUCGGCGUCGAGACCCUGGUGCUGCGAGGCCGCUACCGGACUCCCUUCUUCCGCAUCUUGCACCGGUACAAGCUGUACAUCUACCGCUGCGCCCUGCUGCUCGGCGCCAACGUGGCCGCCGCCGACAUCGUCAACGACAUCGUCAACUUCGAGGCAAAACUCGCCUACAUCUCGGAGCCGCCGACCGCGGUCCGCAACCCGCAGAGCGUGUACAACCUGAUGUCGCUCAAGAUGCUCGAAGGCGCCAUACCCGAGAUCCGCUGGGUGUACUUCCUGAACAUCGUGCUGAAGGACGUGGGCGUGUCCCUCGACCUGGACGACCACGUGGUGGUGAUGCACCCGCUCUACCUCAAGCGGCUCUCACGGCUCCUCAAGGAAGUGUCGAGUGCUACGGUGGCCAACUACAUCGGCUGGCGCAUCGUGCAGACGAUGGGCAUUCACAGCAUGGACCGGUUCCGGCGGUCGCGCUUCCGGUUCGACCGCUACCGCUACCUGGUGCAGGACAUCAUCGAGCUGCCGCGCGAGUGCGUGCGCCUCACCUCGCAGCUCAUGUACUUCGCCGUGGGCAGGCUCUACUUCGACCGGCACAUCAGCAAGCCGGCCGAGCGGUACCGCAAGGUGUACGACCUGGCAGAAGAGGUGCGAGACGCGUUCGCCGUCCUGAUCGACCUGAACACCUGGAUGGACACCGAGACCAAGGACAGGGCCCGGCAGAAGCUCCACCACCUGCAGCUUAACAUCGGCUUCCCUCCGUGGAUCCGGAGCGACCGCGACCUGGACGAGUACUACAAGGACCUGCCCGACCUCCGCAAGGAGGAGUUCUUCGUGAGCCUCCUCAAGGUGUUGCAGAUCCACACCCGCAUCUCGUUCUCCAAGCUGCGCAACGUCAGGCGGGCUCCGGACUUCGGAUGGUACCCGGGCAGCAUCGAUGGCUCGACCUUCUACAGCCAUCUUGGCAACUAUAUUCUUUUACCGGUGGACUACAUCCAGUACCCAUUCUUUCUACUGGACAUGCCUCCACCCAUCAACUUCGGCGCCCUCGGCUCCAUCAUUGGCCAGGAAAUCACACACGGCUUCGGAGAACACGGCGCCAUGUAUGACGACCGGGGUAAACUGGUCGAGUGGUGGACGCGGCAGACGCAUCGCAAGUUCAUCACAGGGUCGCGCUGCCUGCUCGAGCAGUACGACCUGUUCAGCAACCCCGUCACCGGCAAGAAGCUGAGCAUCAACGGCACGCUCGAAAUCAACAUUGCCGACAACGCCGGACUGAGGCAGGCCUUCAAGGCGUACCGCGUGUACAUGAUCAAGUACGAGGAGCUGUACGGCAUGUACGCCAUUCCCGGGACAGAGCCGUACACCAUGGACCAGAUCUUCUUCAUCGCCUACGCGCUUUCGAGGUGCGAAGUGGCCCGCAAGAGGUCCAUGUACUCGUACCUCAACCCGCGGGACACUACACCCAGUCGCUAUCGGACCAUCGUACCGCUGAUGAACUUCGAGCGGUUCUCGGAGGCGUUUGGCUGCCGCGUUGGCACCAUCAUGAACCCCGAGCAGAAGUGCAUCGUCUGGUGAUGCCUGCGGACACAGCGCCGUGGUGCACCCAAGCGAUCGCCUCACGAUGUCCCGCCUCUCGCGUGGCUUUGAAUACGCGAGCUUCAAAUAUACGAUGUUACGCGCAUCCUACUGUCUAGCACAACCUAGAGAAGUGGUUUAAGCUAAUGUUCAAUAAUAACAUCGGGUAUAAGUUUUUACGGUGGUACACCAUGAAGUUGGCAACCCAAGGACAGCAAGCCUUGUCCUUGAAAUUGCAAUUAAGAACACAUGCAGCUGCCUUCGUUUUCAUGUAAGUUGGUAAAAUGGAAUAGAAUGUGAACACUUGACAUGUAGACUAUGUAAAUCUGAUCUCAGUGGUUCAGAGCAGGACGAGGAAUGAAGCGAGGCCACCACAACUUGGUCAAAACUAAACGGAAGAACUGGAUGUGACAAUGUAAUAGCUGCAAUAGCUAAUAAUUGAUACUGGCCAGGGUUUCAAGCAAAAAAAGUUCCUCUGCCUAGCUUGUGAACUAAUGCUGCUACCUGCACUGGGUUCUUUCCUACAUUUUGUAGACACAUUCCAAGGUCUUGCCACCGAACACAUCUCCUGUUUUUGUUGCAUGGCACUGACACUGACCUUUGGUGAAAGCUGUGCGAAAGGGCAUAGCAAAUCAAACCUAUACCAAUACAAAUAUAUGACGUAUCGGAUAUAACAUUGUCAGUGUAAUAAUUCGGCAACAAAUGUGUGAUAUAGAGAAGUUAUUUUCGUUUUGGAUGCGAAUUUCUUGCAAUGAAGUUCGACUAGUACAUACUAUAUGGUUUAAAUAUUAGUUGCACUAAUAUCCACUUGGGGUUCCCUUUCAUUUUCAUGUUUUAACUUCACCAUUUAUCUUCACAGUAAACUGGUUAUUCCUGUUUGCACUUAAUUUCACGAAAAAUACACCACUUACAGUCCGCAUAUCUAAUCUUGCGCAACCUAUGUCAUUUUUGCCCAUCCUUCUGUGUAUUGUUGCGUUGUGUAAAAGGUCGAAGCUUGAGUGGACCAAUUCCAAGAGGCCAAGCACUCAGCUGAGCUCCAAUAGCACAGUGUAUCAGCAUUUCUACUUUUUCCCUUCAUUUAAUGUGGCUGCUGCAGCCAAGAAACAAACCAGUGAUCUCGUGCUCAGUGGCAGAACAGCACAGCCGUUGUGGCAGGCUAGUAAGUGAAGCCAAUGCUUUGGCACUGACCUUGAGCAGCAACAUUUAAUUGAUUCGUAGAUAAUGGAAGAAUGUACUCUGAAUUGGUAGUGCUCAAUAGCAGCCCAGCAUCCCGUCACAUUAACAUUUACGUCAACAAAAACACACCUAGAGUGUAACCCUGACGUCUUCUUGCAGAUAUUUGCUAAGAAUCUCUCGCUUCUGAAGAAAUAACUCAUGAAAACGGGAGUGACCUAAAAUGUCAAAAAGCUUCUCAUUUGUUCAGUGCAGUCCUGUAUGCAUGCACUUCGAGGACUCCCCUCUGCCCCAGUGUGGGCCUUAAGAAGAGAAAAAUAAAUUCCAGUGACCGUAGGCAGCAAAAGUCUUAUUUAGGUUGAAUUUCUAGCAAGAAUUGCCAAAAACUGGUAAGCUGAAAAAAAAAUAGACGCAUGAAGUUACCAAUUCUGUAACACUGCACCAAGAACAAAUAUCGCAGUUCUGUAAACUGCAUCUUUUUGAGCAUUUAAAGCACACAAAAUUAAUAUUACUUUACAGCUUGAGUGAGUUUUGUCUGCUCUGGAUGAAGUAUUAGGAUGUGAAAUUUACAGAACGUCAUUACUUUUUACUGCUCGAGUGCAGCAUUGCAAGCAUGAGUGUCAGUUCCAUUUUCUGAAAUUUUGA